GAAAAUCAGUCAGUUCAGUCAGUUACUUCGGCUUCAAUCGCUCGCUGUGGAUGUGCGAUUUUUUUCGUUUCUCGCGGCUCACCUUUCUUUUGUAUGAACCAUCAAAAAGGGGAAAAACUCUUCAAAAACUUCAUUGAGGUGAAAUUUCAGUGCGUGUUUGCGUGAAAACAAUUCCACUCUGUUACACGUGUGUGCCGGUACCGUACCGUCCCGGGGGGUUGGCCGCAGUAUAAAUUUUCUGGUUCAGCUGUCGGAUUUACCGUUUGCUUUUGGUGCGGUGUGCGAAGGGGGGGAAACGAAACAUACCCGGAUUAAUCAUCACCACCCGUCGUCGGAGUGUUUUGCACGGGGGAAAAUGCGAUAACCUUUCCCACGAUAGAGAGAGGGACACUAGCGAUUGACCGACCGACCACCACGGAAACACGGCUGCUGGUGCGAUGCUGCUGGCGCUCCGUCUGGACGCCUCACCUCGGAAUCACCGGCGGGUCAGCCCCGGCAGUCACAGCUGGCCAAGUGAAUGAAGCUCCGGUUUCGCACAAAAAGUUAAGAAUCGUAUACGCGCGCUCGUGUGAUAAGAAAACCGAACGUGGUGAGGUUGAUAAGUUUGAGUGGAAGAGAAGGUCAGUCCUCAGUCCUUUUGGGGAAUUCUCAGUUGUACUUUGGCCGCGCGUCGGAAGAUUCGAACAAGAAUUUCGGUUAUCAGUGCUCAGAGCUUAGCCAUGCCCUCCUGCAGUGGACUGAUUAGCGAGGUGAUAAAAUACCCGCGGGCCCUGUUCCGGACGGUGUUUGUGAUUGUGAACAACAUCUACUGCGUGCCGACCUAUCUGAUAUGGAUGUUCUUGCUGCUGCCCUUGAAGAAGAUCCACGAGAGUUACUACUACAAAAUCGAGGGCGUUCUGUUCCACUGGCUGCUGGCGAACGUGACCAUGUGGUCCUACACGGCGGGAUACGACAUGGUUGAAAUGGGCGACGACAUUACGCCGGCCCUGGACGAGCGCACGCUGGUCAUUGCGAACCACCAGAGCACGUCGGACGUUCCGCUGCUGAUGGCUACGUUCAACGUCAAGAAGGGCGUCUUGCCGAACAUUAUGUGGAUCAUGGAUCGGCUGUUCAAGUACACCAACUUUGGGGCGGUCAGUUUGAUCCAUCAGGACUUUUUCAUCGCUUCGGGCAAAUCAAACCGCGAGCGGUCGCUGCUCGAUCUGAAGAAGCACCUCACCCAGUCAUACAUUCCACGCGAGCGCAAGUGGAUGGUGCUGUUCCCCGAGGGAGGAUUUCUGCGCAAACGAAAGGAAGUAAGCCAAAGAUUUGCCGAGAAAAACAAUCUACCAGUAUUAAACAACGUCACCGUGCCACGUGUUGGCGCCAUGAAGGCCAUCGUCGACGUGCUCGGCUCGCCGGAUUCACCCUGCUCGGACGGGGCCCGGAUGAUGCCGUCCGCCGUCGUGGAGGACGAGUUUGCGAGGACGGCGACCUCGCAGCAACAGCUGCAGGAAGAGAGUCAGCAGCAUGAUGACGUUAGUAGCACCCUAAUCAAUAGCGAAGCAAUAAGUACCGAUGACUGUGAUAAUUUUAAGGAUUCACCAUUCACCAAACUAAACGGCAAGCUGGGCGACUGUCUGGAGUACAUUUUGGACGUCACCAUCGGGUACCCCAACGGGAAGCCCCUAGAUCUACCAAACAUCGUGCACGGGUUCCGGAACCCGUGCCAGACGUAUCUGUUCUACCGGUUAUACCGCAGCUCAGAGGUUCCCCGGGACAGUGAAUCUCUCACGCGGUGGCUGUACGACCGGUUCUUCGAGAAGGAACGGCUGCUGGAGGAGUUCUACCGCACCGGGACGUUCCCGUGCGGCUCGUCGGCCACGCUCCCGACCGUCGUGCAGCAGGACCUGCUGCGCUUUUUACUCAUCCAUCUGUUCUUUGUCACCUCGACGUACGUCCACUACCAGCUGAUACUGAUGCUGAUCAACUACUCGAAUGUCAUGUACGUCUAUCUGCUGAGCAACAGCUAAGCACAAAUGCCGGUCCUCGGUCCGAGGCACAAAUUGGCGCUAAAAUUGUUCGUAACAAGAGAUGAAAACACAAAGACUAACACAAACCCUGGUAACAUGUACUGGUCAGAGAGAGAGAGAGAGAGAGAAAAGUGAGAAGAAAAUACGCACGAUUUAAAGAUUUUUUUUUUGCAAACGCCCGAGACGAAGGACCUUGUUAUCUUAUGAACGGUAGCGCAACAACAACCCUCGUUCUUUUUUUUAACCUUCUCAAAACGAUAAGUUGGGAACGAAAUAAAGUCGUGUGAUUUUAUUUUCUUGAUUUAA